UGAAACAUGAGUUAUAUGUUGUCCAUUAAGACUUGUCUGCAUCCAUUAAAUUUAGCUCUAAAUGUUCAGCUCUGUUGGAAAAGAUAAAUCAGUGAUGUCUGCUCUGUUUGUGCAUCAGGAGGGAGAUAAAUCCCUUUUGAUUGACAGCUCUGUCAUGUCAGUCCCAGCUCAGGGGGUCCAAUGAGGAGUCGGUUGCAGAGUUCCUCCCUGACUCGCAGGUGAGCUAAAGGGUCUCAGUCCGGCAGAUUUCUGUCAGUCGGUUCCAGAAAACCUCUCUUCUCCAGCUUCAUUCUGAGAUCCAGAUGGUUUUCAGGUCGCCGCUCGACUUCCUCUCAGCCUCCCGCCUCCUCCUGCCCCACUUUGUGGAUGCCCCCCAUCACUUGCCCGGUUCUCUGUCGCCGGAGGACCCUCCCGCCGCGGGCCCUCCCCGGGCUCUCCCGGGACUCUGCUUCUCCGCGGCGCAGAUCGCCAGCGUGUGCGAGACUCUGGAGGAGACCGGAGACAUCGAGCGGCUGGCCCGCUUCCUCUGGUCGCUCCCGGUGACCGCGGACGGACGCGACUCCAUCUCUGAGCACGAGUCCGUGCAGCGGGCUCGCGCCGUCGUGGCCUUCCACGCGGGGAGCUUCCGCGAGCUCUACCGCAUCCUGGAGACGCAUCGCUUUACGCGCGCCUCUCACGGCAAACUUCAGGCGAUGUGGCUCGAGGCGCACUACCGCGAGGCGGAGAAGCUCCGGGGGCGGCCGCUCGGACCCGUGGACAAGUACCGCGUGAGGAAGAAGUUCCCGCUGCCGAGGACCAUCUGGGACGGAGAGCAGAAGACGCACUGCUUCAAAGAGCGCACACGGGGGCUGCUGAGAGAGUGGUACCUGCAAGACCCCUACCCCAACCCGGGGAAGAAGCGGGAGCUGGCGCACGCCACCGGACUGACGCCUACUCAAGUUGGGAACUGGUUCAAAAACCGGAGACAGAGAGACCGCGCGGCAGCAGCUAAAAACAGGUUGCAGCACCACCGGGUGUGUCCAGAGAGAGCUCGCGCACUCAGCGGAGGAGACUGCAGCCCUGAUGGCAGCGCAGAGCGCGCGGAUGGAGAAACUUUCCUCUCAGUGACUGACAGUGACUCUGACCUGGACGUUUGAAAUGAUUGGUGGAUUAAAUGGMCCUAUUGAUGCCUGUGGGGAUCCAGACUGGAUAGAAGAUUGAGAAGAAUAUAUUUUUGAAGAUGAUCUGUGCUACAAAUUAAGACUUUAACAUGACUGAUCCUGAAUUCCAGCCUAAUUGUUUAAUAGCGGAUGUUACACGAAUGUUUCAUCGUUUUCCCCCUUUUUUUAUGGGAGGGUCCUACAUGAUACCCUUUUUGUCUUUGUUGUUGGUUUUCUAUUUGGUCUCAGAUGAAAAUCAUGGAUUUUUGUUACUUUGUUAUGUUUUAUAAUCACACCAAAUCAAACAUCCAUCCGUGUUGGACUUGACCCUCACAGUGCAGGACCUUUACAAACUGAAACCAGUGAGCAAAUCACUCAUAUUUUCUCAGAUCACUUGUCAUUUUAUAAAUUAUAGCUCCUGUAGAAGCCCUUGGAUGUAUAAUAUAUAAUUUGGACAGUAUAACCAAAUCCUACCUCCUUGUUUGUUUUAUAUUCCUUUUACCUAAAGCUGACAGUGCAGUUUGUGUCUGUGUUCAAUUUUAUGCUGACGUGUUUUUCAUUUUCUAUAAAUAAAGUUAUUUAAUUAAAACAGUU